AAGACUCGAUUCGAGUAUCCAAAGCUCCAUCGGAUGUUACAAACCUCUGAAAAGGAGCUGAUUACCUGUGACCCGAGCUAUUAUCUGUGGCCAUCCUUGCUUUGAUGUGGACAGGCAUAUUUACUGGCCGACGCAGGGAAACGUUUCAGAAAUGCCCAGUGUUUCCCAAGGAGCUGAAGCUUUCGAGAAGUCUCCUCCGGUUGCUGUUUGGGAGAUGCUAAAAAAAGGUGCGUUUUCGGUGGAAUGGCUGUCUCGGAGCAGCCAGAAACUCAACAGAGAACUGUCUCAACAAGACGUGGAGAGCCAGAGCUGUUCCAGCAACAGCACUCGCGGGGGGCAACACAUAACAAGUCGCACAGCUAUUCGUGAAUCCGGAAAGUUGUGUGAAAACGCAAACCCCCAAACCAACUGCACGAAACUGAUGGUGAACUCGACACACGAUCGCGACCUGGAAGAAGCUCAACAGAGAUCCUAUGAAACUAUUCUGGCUGAGGCUCUCGGAGAGGCAAAGAAUUCCAAUGACAUGGAAGAGGCUCUCCCUGCAUCCAAGGAUUGGACUGAUCGACGUCGACCCCGAACUAUUUUCAGUGUGCAACAGCUGAGCAUACUCGAGACCAGUUUCCAACACCAACCAUAUCCAGGAACCUGCCAAAGGCAGAGGCUGGCAGGAGCCCUCAGCCUUUCAGAGACACAGGUAAAAACAUGGUUUCAAAAUCGUCGAAUGAAACUCAAGCAACAACUCCAAGAUGCUCAGGCUGAAGCUCUGAAAUCCAGAAUGUUCCAUCAGUAUUUGUCCUGUCAAUCUCACUCCAAUUUCAGUUUUUAUCCCCUGUCAGAUUCCAAAUAUUUUCCUCAUCAUACUGUAUUUGGAUCUCCCCUUGCCCUGACUUCUUUCUCUGAUUACUUUGCACUACAUCUGGGCAAUCCAUUUAGCAACCAUUACCAAAAUCCAAUCGAAAUAAAAACAGCUCCUAGAAGAUUUCAUCCAUAGCUCACUAUUUAAAAUAAAGGAGACCUAUGACAAAA